GGCAGCCUUAGCCAGAAAGCUGCCGUCCUCACCAUGAGCCCCUGGCAGCCCCUGCUCCUGGCGCUCCUGGCUCUAGGCUGCAGCUCCGCUGCCCCUCACCAGCGCCAGCCGACUUUUGUGGUCUUCCCCAAAGACCUGAAAACCUCCAACCUCACGGACACCCAGCUGGCAGAGGAAUACCUGUACCGCUAUGGUUACACCCGGGCAGCCCAGAUGAUGGGAGAGAAGCAGUCUUUGCGGCCCGCCUUGCUGAUGCUUCAGAAGCAGCUGUCCCUGCCCCAGACUGGCGAGCUGGACAGCGAGACACUAAAGGCCAUUCGUUCACCACGCUGUGGUGUCCCAGACGUGGGCAGAUUCCAAACCUUCGAAGGCGACCUCAAGUGGGACCAUUAUAACAUCACAUACUGGAUCCAAAACUACUCUGAAGACUUGCCGCGAGACGUGAUCGAUGACGCCUUUGCGCGCGCCUUCGCGGUGUGGGGCGAGGUGACACCGCUCACCUUCACCCGCGUGUACGGGCUCGAAGCGGACAUUGUCAUCCAGUUUGGUGUCGCGGAGCACGGAGAUGGGUACCCCUUCGACGGCAAGGACGGCCUUCUGGCACACGCCUAUCCCCCUGGCGCCGGCCUUCAGGGAGAUGCCCAUUUCGACGACGACGAGUUGUGGUCGCUGGGCAAAGGCGCCGUGAUCCCCACUUACUAUGGAAACUCAAAUGGUGCCCCAUGUCACUUUCCCUUCACCUUCGAGGGACGCUCCUAUUCGGCCUGCACCACAGAGGGCCGCAACGACGGCACGCCUUGGUGUAGCACGACAGCUGACUAUGACACGGACGGCAAAUUUGGUUUCUGCCCCAGUGAGAAACUCUACACGGAGCACGGCAACGGAGAAGGCAAACCCUGUGUGUUCCCGUUCAUCUUUGAGGGCCGCUCCUACUCUGCCUGCACCACUAAAGGCCGCUCGGAUGGUUACCGCUGGUGCGCCACCACAGCCAACUAUGACAAGGAUAAGCUGUAUGGCUUCUGCCCGACCCGAGUGGACGCGACCGUAGUUGGGGGCAACUCGGCAGGAGAGCUGUGCGUCUUCCCCUUCGUCUUCCUGGGCAAGCAGUACUCUACCUGUACCAGCGAGGGCCGCAGGGACGGGCGCCUCUGGUGUGCGACCACAUCGAACUUCGACACUGACAAGAAGUGGGGUUUCUGUCCAGACCAAGGGUACAGCCUGUUCCUGGUGGCAGCGCACGAGUUCGGCCAUGCGCUGGGCUUGGAUCAUUCUAGUGUGCCGGAAGCACUCAUGUACCCGAUGUAUCAAUACCACGAGGGCUUCCCUCUGAAAGAAGACGACAUAAAGGGCAUCCAGUAUCUGUAUGGUCGUGGCCCUAAGCCUGACCCAAGGCCUCCAGCCACCACCACAACUGAACCACAGCCGACAGCACCUCCCACUAUGUGUCCCACUGUACCUCCCACGGCCUAUCCCACAGUGGGCCCCACGGCUGGCCCCACAGGCGCCCCCUCACCUGGCCCCACAGACGGCCCCUCACCUGGCCCUACAGGCGCCCCCUCACCUGGCCCUACAGCGCCCCCUACUGCGGGCUCUUCUGAGGCCUCUACAGAGUCUUUGAGUCCAGCAGACAAUCCUUGCAAUGUGGAUGUUUUUGAUGCUAUCGCUGAGCUCCGGGGCGCUCUGCAUUUCUUCAAGGACGGUUGGUACUGGAAGUUCCUGAAUCACAGAGGGAGCCCAUUACAGGGCCCCUUCCUUAUUGCCCGCACGUGGCCAGCCCUGCCUGCAACGCUGGACUCAGCCUUUGAGGACCCGCAGUCCAAGAAGAUUUUCUUCUUCUCUGGACGCCAAAUGUGGGUGUACACAGGCGAGACCGUGCUGGGCCCCAGGAGUCUGGAUAAGUUGGGUCUAGGCCCAGAGGUAACCCACGUCAGCGGGCUUCUCCCGCGUCGUCCCGGGAAGGCUCUGCUCUUCAGCAAGGGGCGUAUCUGGAGAUUCGACCUGAAGUCUCAGAAGGUGGAUCCCCAGAGCGUCAUUCGCGUGGAUAAGGAGUUCUCUGGUGUGCCCUGGAACGCACACGACAUCUUCCAGUACCAAGACAAAGCCUAUUUCUGCCAUGGCAAAUUCUUCUGGCGUGUGAGUGCCCAAAAUGAGGUGAACCAGGUGGACCAUGAGGUGAACCAGGUGGACCAUGUGGGCUACGUGACCUACGACCUCCUGCAGUGCCCUUGAACUAGGGCUCCUUCUUUGCUUCAACAGUGCAGUGCAAAUCUCUAAAGACCAACACACACACACACACACACACACACACACACACACACACACCAUCCGAGGGAAAGGUGCUGGCCGGAUACGGACUGGUGAUCUCUUCUAGAGACUGGGGAGGAGUGGAAUCAGGCAGGGCCCUCUCUGCCCUCUGUCCUUUCUUGUUGGACUGUUUCUAAUAAACCCGGAUCCCCAACCUUUUCCAGCUACUUUAGUCAAUCAGCUUAUCUGUAGUUGCAGAUGCAGCCAAGCAAGAAGACAACUUUGUAGGGUCGAUUCUGACCUUUUAUUUUUGUGUGGCAUCUGAGACUUGAAUCAGCUGGCUUUUGUGACAAGCACUUCACCGGCUGAACCACCUCACCGACUCCAGCACUUUUAUUUAUUAUGUAUGUGGUUAUGUUCACAUGCAUGUAUUUAACCUAUAGAAUGCUUACUGUGUGUCGGGCGCUGCUCCAACCGCUGCAUAAAUAUUAAAGUAUUCAGUUACCCCAACUAGAAGGUAUUAUGUAACUAUUUCUCUCUUACAUUGGAGAACACCACCGAGCUAUCCACUCAUCAAACAUUUAUUGAGAGCAUCCCUAGGGAGCCAGACUCUCUACUGGGCAUUAGGGACAGGGGAAUUUAUUGGAUUUUGGUUCUUCCUUCAAGGAUCGCUCAGAGAUUCUCAGUGUCCUGAAAAUCUGCUGAAACCAGACCCCAGACUCCUCUCUCUCCAGAAUCCAACUCACUCACUGUGGCUGCUGGCAGCUGUAGCACGGGUAUACAGCAUGUGUGCUAGAGAGGUGGGGGGGGGGGUCUGUGCAUUAUGGUUCAGGUCAGACUGUGUCCUCCACAUGGGAUGACCCCUCAGCUGGAACUGAUCCAGGAAGGAUGACCAAGUGUCUUCCUGGCGGUCUUUUUUAAAUAAAUGAAUAAAUGAAUAUUUACUUAUUUA